AAACUCAUUCACGAGGAAUGAUAACAAUGAAAGAAGACGAACCUGAUUUCAACUCCUCCGAACUUGGGACGAAGGACUAUUGGGAUAAUACUUACCAAAAGGAAAUACUGAAUUUCUCUGAGAGUGGAGAUGUUGGCCAUAUUUGGUAUGGGGAAGGGUGUCACAAGCGGGUCAUUAAUUGGAUGAAGAAAAGCGCUUUAUUACAUGAAGACCCAGUACUUGACAUAGGUUGUGGUAAUGGGAUGAUGUUGGUAGAGUUGAGAAAGCAAGGAUACAGGAAUCUCUGGGGAGUGGAUUAUUCUGUAGGGGCUAUAACCUUAGCCAAACAAAUUGCAACUUCACGUGGGAUGGAUGGUAUUUAUUUUCAGACUGUUGACCUUCUUUCUGACGCAGUUUGUGAGGGCACCUGUUUAACACCUGGUAAAUAUAAACUCUGUCUUGAUAAAGGUACCUAUGAUACAAUCAGUUCAAUGCCUGAGCAGAGAGAACUGGCCAUGAGAAAAUACAGGGAGACCGUGAGAGAGAUUCUCAGAGUUGAUGGGCAGCUUGUGAUCACAUCAUCUAACUGGACAAGAAAACAGUUAAUGUCUCAAUUCACUCCAGACUUCUACCUUGCUGAUGAAAUUCCCACACCUACAUUACAGUUUGGAGGUGUUUGUGGUAACACCGUAACAGUCCUGGUAUUUAGAAAGGUCAACACCAACACAUAGAUGCCGGAAACUGAAUACUCUUGUACUCGGGUAUUUACUGCCAACACAAUCAAUAUUGUCCGGCAGGAGUCACAGGGUUCUUCAGUGGUCAGCACUAUACUAUGGAGUCACUUUUAUUUGACUGGUGCUGAAGUUUUCACUUAUACAGUGUCUGUUAGUGUUAUGGAUGGAGAAAAGUGAAACCAUAAACCCUGGAUAUUGGCAGGUAAUUGGAGAACGUCCACACAUGUAUUAAACAUACAGACUUGGUGGAAGACAAGUGAUCUUCAACACACUUAACAAAGUUAAGAGAUUCUAGAAGUGCCCUUUUAAAGGAUAGGUUAUUAAAUCUCAGCCCUUAUGUGCUACUGUGUGGAUGUUGUGCACCUCAUAACCAAAGCAUGCACUCCUCUCAAACUAUAUGAAUAAAGUUACCCCCUCAGGAAUGUCAUAACACAUCAUAGACAGGGCCUUUAAUGUUGGCCGCUGUCAUAUGAGUGAAAUAUUCUUGAGUACGACGUAAAACACCAGUCAAAUAAAUAAAUUAAUAAAAUAACACAUCAUAGGCAUAGGUGCAGGGAUAUCUUAUCACCCUGUAUGACAGGGAUAUCUUAUCACCCUGUAUGACAGAGAUAUGUCAUCAUAACGCAUCAUAAGGCAAAUUUCCCACCAUAAUGCUGGCCGCCAUCAUACAAGUGAAAUAUUCUUGAGUAGGACAUAAAAGCGCCAAUCAAAUAAAUAAAAUAACGUCAUAUGCUUAGGUACAGGGAUGUGUCGUUGCCUCAUGUCCCACAGAUGUCAUCCUAUGUCAGGGAUAUAUAUCAUCACAGACCACGAGAAUACGUCAUUUUAUUGUGCAGGGAGUGAAAACUUACUUACAGAGCAAUAUAUUAUUUCCGUCCACACUGAAGAUAUUUUUGUGGAAAUACAUAAUUAGUAUGAUUUGGUAAGGGCUCAAAGAUAAUUUCAGUUACUUUUCAAUACUAUGAAAACACUUCUGGUAAAUUAUGAUGAAGUGUAUUCAUGUGGUCAGUUGUCAUACCAACUGGACUCAAUUAUGUUGUCAAAUUUUGUUUGAAUGACAUCAAAUAGAACGGUGCAGAUUUGAUAGUUAAAGGAAAUCCUGAUCUGUUAUAUUUUAUUUAAUAGGACUGUAUUUGAUAUAACCUUUGUUGUAUAUCGUUGGUGUUGUGUGAAAAAUAAAGUGUUUAGU